CUGGAAUGGCUCAAUCAUGGCGGGGAAGAAGUAGAUUCAAUGCCGAGAGUUCGUUGACUGUCCAAGGGGUGUAGUCGUAACUUCUGCGGCGCAAUUUGAAAAGCAGAGAAUAUGAUCUGAAAAGAAAGAGUGAUGUCCAAAAUAAACCAAGUAAAUAUGUUCAGAGUAUUGCAAGACUGGAAAAUCCGAGAGCCGGUACGCGGCGGCGGGGGGUCCGAUUUGGAUUUCAAAUCGGAGCUAUUCUUCGGCCCGCCUCUUCCCCAGAGACACGAAACGUCAUUCCGAACCCAUCCUCGCCUUCCGCACACAUCAUCCCCUGCGCCCGCGGCUAGCCCGACGCGACGAGGUAACCAUGUCAGCCGCAAAAUCGCGCUGGGCAGACGACGACCCAGAAAACGACGCGAUCAUUGCCCAGCGCAAGCGCGAGAAGGAGGAGAAGCGCCGCGCCAAGGCGGAAAAACAGCGCCAGAUCGAGGAGGCCAGCAAAGCUUCUGCCCCUACACAGCCAGUGGAUGCUGGCCACGAAGCCAAUGGGGAGUCAGGGCCACCAAAGAAGCGAAGGAGACUCUCGAAUGACCCCGAAGCGCCUUCAGUGGCAGAUGAAGUUCCGACGAGCGAGGAGGGGAGGAAGCAGUCAAGCUUGCUGAUGUUCCCUGUUGGCGAAUGGGGACCCUGUAGGCAUGUUGACAACUUCGAGCGGCUGAACCAUAUCGAGGAAGGCUCGUAUGGAUGGGUCUCGAGGGCCAAGGAUAUCACAACGGGCGAAAUUGUCGCGCUGAAGAAAUUGAAGCUUGAGAACUCGCCGGACGGGUUCCCGGUGACAGGACUGAGGGAGAUACAAACGCUGCUGGAGGCGCGACACCAGAAUGUGGUUUAUCUCCGGGAAGUGGUCAUGGGCAACAAGGUGGACGAUGUCUUUUUGGUGAUGGACUUCCUUGAGCACGAUCUCAAAACUCUCCUUGACGAGAUGCGUGAACCAUUCCUCCCGUCCGAGAUCAAGACUCUACUCCUGCAGGUCGUGGGUGGUCUUGAAUUCCUACACUCACAAUGGAUCAUGCAUCGCGACCUCAAAACAUCCAAUCUCCUCAUGAAUAACCGGGGCGAGAUCAAGAUUGCCGACUUUGGUAUGGCACGCUACUACGGUGAUCCGCCACCCAAGUUGACACAACUCGUCGUGACUCUAUGGUAUCGAUCACCCGAACUGUUACUGGGUGCGGACAAAUACGGCACAGAGAUCGAUAUGUGGAGCAUUGGCUGCAUCUUUGGCGAGCUGCUCACCAAGGAGCCCCUGCUUCAAGGCAAGAACGAGGUGGAUCAGGUCUCCAAGAUCUUUGCCUUGACCGGACCUCCCAACCAGCAGAUCUGGCCUGGUUUCCGAUCCCUACCCAACGCGAAAUCUCUACGACUUCCCCAGACUUCGGGAUCGCCCGCAGGAAACCCCCCCUUGCUACCUCGUUCCCGAUUUCCCUAUCUCACAAACGCGGGGUUGAAACUGCUGUCCACAUUAUUAGCGUUGAACCCAGCUUCCCGGCCGACUGCACAGCAGUGCCUUGCACACCCGUACUUCCGGGAAGACCCUCGUCCCAAACCAAAAGAGAUGUUCCCGACCUUCCCCUCGAAGGCUGGCAUGGAGAAACGAAGGCGUCACCAUACACCCGAGGCCCCUAAACGUGGUCAAGAUGCACCCGAGCUGGACUUUGCGGGUGUGUUCGGCGGGGCGGCUGGGGGCGAUACGGGCGAGACUGGCGCUGGCUUUUCUCUUCGCCUGGGCUGAAGACCACAUAGAUUCAAGGAAUUGGGCACCUUUCCUCACAAAUUCAUAUCGUCUCAAACUUGAUCAAUAAUUGAUCUCAUCGCCAUUUAACACGUUUUUAUGGAUGAUCUGGGCGAGGUUAUGCGCGAAAAGUCAUCUGCCUUUGCCAGCAUCUCAUGCCCGCCCAACAAACAGUAUGUAUAUAGCGGAAAGCCACCUCCACAAGUUAUGGAGGGAAGGCAGAUCUACAAAGCAGACUAUGGGCG